AUGUCGUUUUGUCGGAUAACCGGUAGAAGUAGAGGGUUGCCUAAACCUAAUUAUUUUCCAUUGCUGGCUCCUAUAUCACCAGCGGAUGCGAAACGUUGUUGCAGAAUUACAGGGAAGUCGUAUGGGCUUCCAUCUCACCAUUACAUUCCAGUUCUUUUAGCUUCAAGAAGCGGAAAAACAAAGUGCAAAAUAACAAAUGUAUCAGGAGAGCUUGGACCACAUCACUAUUCACCUGAAAUUAACUAUGGGAACAGAAAGCAUGAUGUUUUGCCUGGAUACAGAUAUAUAUUCCCCGUUUUGGAUGGUUCUACAGAAGCCCAAAAAGCACUUAUUGAAAUGCUUUCUAUGAAACAAAUAACGGAAGAUAAAAAAUAUGUUUAUACAGUUGAUGAAAGAAGGUGUAGCUUAGUUUUUUGCGCUCGAAUGGAAGCAGCAGUACGUGAUGGUGAUGUCAGGGAUGUUAUGCUUGCUAAAGAUUCGGAUACAGUGUUAAUCAAAACAAAACAAGGCAGAAAUGUUUCGAUGGAUUUCAAAGAAUUUGCUGAAGAUGUGGAGAUGUUUGAAGGUGAGGGGCCAAAUGCUGAAGUAUUAAGAAAGAGAGAAAAGGAAGAAAUAGAAGAAAAGAAGAAAAAGAGAAAACGUGCUGCUGCUUUGUCUUCUAUGAAAAAAAUAUUUGAAAAUAAAGAAAAAUUAGCUGAAGUUCAAGAAAUAGAGGAAGAUAAACUAAAACAAGAUCGGAUGGCAAAGAAAGCGAAAUUGGAAGUGCGCCAUGAAAAACAUGAUCUUAAAAGUGUUUCAUACAACAACUUUGACUUGGAACAUAUGCGUUCAAAAUCUAGUAUGGUUAUGUGCAAUGGUGAUUGGAGAGAUCAAGUGCACCCACUUAUUGAAUCGUUUGAUUGGGAUUUAUUUGAUAAACAUAUUAAUGAAGAUAGUUACUGUCCUAAAGUUAAUAUGUUGCCAACGCCUUUACAAAUAACACCAUAUCAGUGUGAAGCAGAAAUAUAUCAAGUUGAUAAUAAUAUUUCUGAAAAUUCAGUUUCUCUUGAAAACGUCCCUUGCAUUAAUCCUUUAAAACCAAUAAAAAAUAGGCCUUCCGAAGACAUUAUUAAUGCUAUUAAAGAAAUAGCCCACGACCGAUUGACUGAAACUUUAAAUGUUACAGAAAAAAUGCUACUUGCAAAUAAAAUGGAUAUGAUACCGAACCUCGAAGAUUUGCCUGAAAUUGUAAAGCAUAUUAAAAAAGGUAAAAGAGAAAAAGUGGCGAAAGUACCAGGAUUAACCCUCGACAUUAAUAAAGCAAAAAAGUUUGUACCAGGCCAACAUGUUAACACACCUCAAGGACCUGUGUUUAUAGCAGGACAAACAGUAGAAACUCCUUCUGGACCUGUUUUCGUACCAGGGCUUAGUGUUAAUACGCCUCUAGGCGUUAACCUCAUACCUGGGCAUAUUAUACAAAAUGAAAAUAACAAUGAAUCUGUUUUUCUCGCUGGUCAAAUUAUACCGACACCUGAAGGUGAUAAAUUUGUUUGUGGUCAAGUGAUAAAGAAUAAGGAUAAUAGCUACCGUUUUACAGAAGGGCAAACGGUCCUGUCUGAAGAAGGCUUUAAAUUUGUGCCUGGUAAAAUUAUACAUACAUGCUCUGAAGACGUAUUUGUACCAGGACAAACACUUUCAUCGCCCGAUGGUAUACAAUUCAUACCUGGACAGACUUCUACUGAAAAUGGUGACAUUGUAUUUAUGCCUGGACAGAAUGCAAAAAUUAACAAUGAAUGGCAAUUUGUACCUGGUCAAGUGGUACAUAAAGAUAAUGAAUCGCACUUUAUACCUGGUGCAACAUUGGCUACUCCAAAUGGUCUUAAAUUUAUACCGGGUCAAACUGUCUCUGUAAAUGGAGAGCCUUGCUUUGUGCCAGGAAUAACAAGAAAGGAUGAAUCGGGAUUAAAGUUUAUUCCUGGAACCAAUGUUGACACUCCUGAUGGACCCAAAUUUCUUGAAGGCCAAAUUAUACAAACUAAUUUCGGAGAAAAGUUUGUACCUGGUAAAACCAUAACACUAGGAAAUGGUAAUGUAGAAUUUUCGAUAGCUAAGUCAAUUGAAGAUGUACAAUUUUCUGAUAGCAUGCCAAUUGGCUUACCUAUUAAUAUUAAAACUUGUUCUGUGUCCGAAGAAUCGCUAUACGUAUUUGGUCAUAUGGUGCAAACAUCAAAAGGAAUUGAAUUCUAUCCAGGGUCAAGAGUACCUAAAAAUGAAGGGAAAGUAGUACCAGGACGCUUGGUCAAAAAUGGCGUUGGUGAAUCUCGAUUUGUACCUGGAACAAUGGUCGAGGGAAUAUUUGUACCUGGUCAAAUUGUAUUUACUGAAAAUGGAGAGCAAUUUGUACCCGGCCAAGUAGUUGAUACCAGUGAUGGACCAAAAUUUGUCCCUGGCCAAGUAGUCAACACAAAAAGUGGUCCAAAAUUUGUUCCAGGUCAGACUAUUCAUACCAUAGAUGGCCCCCGAUUUGUCCCGGGGCAGAUUAUAGAAACAAAAGCUGGACCCACCUUCAUACCAGGUCAAGUUAUAUCUACAGAUGAAGGCUCACGAUUUGUGCCUGGUCAAGUAGUUGAUACAGAAGAAGGUCCACGUUUUGUUCCUGGACGAGUUAUAGAAAACGAUGACAAUGGUGUUACAUUUGUUCCUGGUCAAAUUGUGCAGACACCAGAAGGUCUGAAGUUUGUUGCUCCUGACUUGAUCGAAGGUGAUGAGGGUUUAGAAUUUUCGGUACAAAGCUUUUUGGUAACCCCUGAGGAACUAAAGCUUCUAAAAGUUAAAACCAACCCUAACGAUACUACUUCAACAAAAGGAGAGCUUACAAUAGACACUAAUAUGUUAAAACAACUAUCUGAAGCUGGAAUGUCCAUUGGGAGACAAGUGCCUGCUGAGUUACCAGCGAUUAAUGUUAUUUUAAAUGAAACUAAAAACGCUGAGGCUUUGAAAGAAUUUGCAUUAGAUUUUGGUCUUAAGGAUACUGUAGCAAAUCAACUGAUGGACGUUAUAAAAUCCAUAAUUGAAAUGAGUGUACAUCUAAAAACUGAAAUAGGGCAAAAUGCUAAUAAUAAUGGUGUUGUGAAGACAGAAAAAUCUCAUAAAAGCAGAAACAUUGAAAAUUCAAAAGAAAACGAAAGUACGUCUGAAGAAAAAGCACACGAAGAAAAUAUUAAGAAUUCGAUUGCCGCUGCUGUUUUAGCUGCUUUAGUUACAGCAGAACAAUUCCAGGAGAUUAAUAAUAACAAUGGAAAAGAAAAAUAUCAACAAAUUUUAAAAUCUAUUGAUACUAUUCUAGGGAAAACGAUCGAUGAAGAUUUCGUUACUGCUAUGUAUAACAUUCUUCAAAAAGACGACGAAAAAGAAAUACUGUGUGAUGAGAUAUUGGAAAACACAACUAAACCCAAAUUAGAAUUGAUAAGAAUAGCUGUGAAUCGUUCGUCUGAAAAUCAUUCCUUUACAGAAAAAGAAAUUGUGGAUAAGUUCAGUGACUUCUUAAAAAGUGAAAAUGAAGUUCUAGGUCCGGCAUUUAAAAACAUUACUAAAACCGAUACAAAUCUUCUUCAUCACGUGCUAGGGCACAUUUCAGAUAUGAUUUCAUUUGUGAAAUCAGAUCAGGAUGCUGCAGAAUCUUUGCAAAAAGCUAUUGUAUCCGCCGUCCAAGAAACCAGUAGCCAGACUAUAAUUAAUAUGCUACAAGACACGGACCCAGAGCAAAAGGAACUGAAAGAGUUAAUAAAGCAAUCGAUAGGCCUCGCCCGAGUUCUGGGAAUGAGCGACGUUGCAAAACACUUAUUAUACGUAUUAAAAGAUGAUACGAGCUUGUCUCAAAUCGCAAAUGAUGAUAUAAGUAUGAACAUAUUAAAAAGACUGACUGUAAUGAGAAAACUUGCUGAGCAAACUCCAGAUCUGCACGAAGCGCUCGUCCAGCUUGGUGAAAGCCCCGAAUCAGCUCGCACAGAUCCCAAACUUAGGGAAUUAGUACGAGAAAGUGCUGCCCUCAUGAUCAUACCGGAGGAAGCUCCUUUAUUGACUUCUGCUGACGUGCCUUUGAGUUUGCUUCAACCUGAAAAUAGUCUCGCUAUGGAAGACUUCCUAUUUAAGCGAAAGAAGUGCUCCGGUGCUUUAUUGAUUAUGAAAAGAGGAUUACAGGCCGUUGUACCGCGAGAAGCAAGUAGAGCGGUGCUAACUGGUGAAAUAGCUUACACAGUGCUCGAUGAAAAUGGAAUAAAGUAUUUUGAGCCUCUCCAUGUAUUUUCUGCUCUGAACUUAAGUCAACCAAUUGCUCACCGCUUUAGUAUGUACAGUUGUCCAAUCGCAGACGAAAAAGAUGACGAUUUACAAAACUACAAUGGAUACUGCAAUAUAAGCAACAGUCAAGUAACAACAAGAUUGGGUGGAUUGGGACGUAGAUAUAGUUAUGCUAAUCCGGACAGAGAAACAACUAGAAAUAGAAUUCAUAACUAUGAUUACACGCCGAGUUACAAACGAUACCAGUCUCGUUCUUCGACCAGAUCGCGAUCUACAUGUAGUAAAAGUCCACCGAAGGUAGACGACGUUGUUGUAGCAACGAGCGAUUAUACUGCGGUGGCAGAUGACGAGGUGUCGGUUAAGGCUGGGGAUAUUGUCGAGGUUCUUGAUACGAAAACAACCCUUGGUUCCAAGUACAGGGGACGUGUAUAUAGAUACGACAAUCAUUUCUUCCAGUCACGAGGUCCCUCUUUAGACUAUGUUUUUAGUGUCCCCAUAUAUAAGAUGUACUAUUAUUAA